CUUAGGACUUGAAGGACAUAAUAAUUAUUUCUUGCAUGAAUUAUCACGCCACAGUUUGACUAACAAAUUGAUUAUCCCUCGCUUUGAAGUUUUUAAAAUGGAGGGAAAGGAUUUGUUUACUUUUCCAACAAGCACGUGCGUUUCAGCUGGAGCUGAUCUUCGGGUUUCCCAUGUCAGAGAUGCUGAUAUGUUCAAACUAACUCAAAAUGUGUUGAAAACGUUAACCAGACAGCCUAUCUCUAAAGAUUUAUCUGCAUAUGACGAUACAAUAAAAGCCCUCAAUGGAUUGCAGUCUAAUCUGAGUGUUCUUAUAAAAGCUGCCAACGCUGGAAGUAAUUCACAAAGUAACAAUAUUGCGUUAACCCACAAGUAUUUAAAGAGAAGUGGUGUUGAUUUGGAAAAAUUCGAAAGGCAAAUACCUGUGAUACAUGUUUCCGGGACAAAGGGAAAAGGUACAACAUGCAACCUUUGCGAAUCUGUAAUUAGGGCUCAUGGCUAUAAAACUGGUUUAUUCACAUCCCCGCAUUUAAUUAGCGUGAAGGAGAGGAUAAGUUUAAAUGGGGUACCUUUAACUUAUUCUGAAUUCACAAACCAUUUUUGGUCGGUAUACAGUGCAUUGGACAACAACAAGGAAAAUGAACAUGAUAUGCCUUCAUAUUUUAAAUUUUUAACUGUCAUGGCAUUCAACGUUUUUUUCAAAGAAAACGUCGAUGUCGCCAUUUUUGAAGUUGGCGUUGGUGGAGAGUAUGACUGUACAAAUAUAUUCCAGCAUACUCCCAUUGUUGGUAUUACUUCACUCGGUCUUGAUCAUACUUCCAUCCUUGGUACCUCACUAGAUCAGAUUGCAUGGCAAAAAGCUGGAAUUAUUAAAGAAGGAUGCAGAGUAUUCACAGUAGAUGAUCAUAAACCUUUAGCUCUAAAAGUAAUCCAGGAAAGGGCUAAAGAAAGAAAUUCUAGGUUGAUACUUGUCCCAAAAGUAGACCAGUACAACUGGAAUUUAAACCACUUUGGCCCUGCCCACGUUCUCAACGCUUCCUUAGCAGUACAGCUUGCGUUUGCAUUUCUAAACAUGAAAAACAACAUAACUUGUAAUGGGCUGCCAGAAUUGACUAUUGACAAAGCAUCAGAAAAUGCCAUUUCACAAUGUGAUUUUCCUGGGAGAUUUCAAAUAGUUCAAAGAGGUCUCCAUGUUUACUAUCUUGAUGGAGCACACACAAAAGAAAGUGUAGAGUUUUGUUCUUCCUGGUACUGUUCGGUUUCACAAAGCCAAACAAAAAAGAUCUUCAUUUUCAAUCUUACACAUAACAGAGAUCCAGCAACUCUGCUUAAGCCUUUUACAAAGUGCAAAUUCGACAGAGUUUUCUUUUCCCCUAACAGCAUCACUACAAGCCAGAACACAUCACCAAGGGAUCUGUUUGAUUUAAAUGCCUCAUUGACCUCGCCUACAGAACGCUUAGAAGCUUACAAGGCAUUAUGGAUUGAGAUGGCCAGCUGUGAUCCAAAUUGUGUCACUGUUUCAUCAAGUCUGUCGGAGACGAUAUCCCUAGUUGAAUCUAACAAUGAGCCUAGCCAAAUACUUGUCUCGGGUUCGUUACACCUAGUUGGAUCUGUCCUUACAUGUUUCACACUGAAUGGACAUCAAUGAUUGAAAAACUAUUUAUAAUUGUAAUAAAAUAUUUUUAAUUUUUUUUAUAUUUGAAAAUUUUUUAGCUUA